AUGGCCCCCUCGAGCCAACCCGUCACACAGGCGCUGCUCGCGCGGGCGCAUUCUCCCGAAAGCGUCAACCGCAUUUUCUCGGACAAAAUCCAGUACCGCCCUCUCUACCUCCGACCCAGCUCGCCGCCGCCGCCUUCGAACGCCCGGAACGCCCGCCGCAACGCUCGCGAGGAAGCCAAGAAGAAGCAGAGGCUCAAGCCGAAGCCCCUCGCCGCCCGCGAACGGCACAGGCGCGGCCUGUACGACGUGCCUCGCCGAGGCCAAAAAUACGCCAUCUUCGAGCCCCUACAUCGCCUGUGGCUGGGAUACGUUGAGGAGAUCCUCGGCUCUGAGCUGUACCAUGGCGGAGCUGCCGCGGCCGCGAAGCUGAGUGCCGCCGAGUUUCACGGCGCCCGCGUCGAAGUUUCGCGAAGCUCCUGCCCGAGCAGGGUCGGCAUCACGGGCAUCGUCAUCAAGGACGGCAAGUUCGCGUUCGAGAUCAUCACGCCCAAGAACGAGAUCAAGGUUGUGCCGAAGGAAGGGACUUGGUUCAAGUUCGAGAUACCAGUCAAAGAGCCCGUCGCCGACCCCCAAGCGACCACCGAAGCCUCCCCACGGCGCUUCGUCUUCGAGGUCCUCGGCGACCAGUUCCUCACGCGCGGCGCCGACCGAGCCAACAAAAAGUUCAAGCAUCACUACCUAAAGAACCUCUGA